GCCCUGCCCGGCCAGGCGGCGUCGGCGGCUGAAGCGGCCCCUCCUGCUCGGCGGAAGCGGCGCGUCCAACAUGGAAGGCGGCAGGCCGGCGGCGGCGGCGACGGGGACGGGGACGGCGUUGGGGGCUUCGCUGGAGUCAGGAGGCCCGGCCCGGAGGCCCUCCCGCUUGGCGGCCCCGGCUGCCUCCACGGCCCCGGCCUCGGCCUCGCCAGGCGCCGAACAGCCCGCCGACAGCCCUACAGGAUCCCAUGUUGAGUGGUGCAAGCAACUCAUCGCAGCUACGAUUUCAAGCCAGAUUUCGGGUUCUGUCCUCUCGGACAAUGUAUCCAGAGAACAUCGGGUGUACAGGAAGCCUACCAUAAGGGAGAUUCAGGAUGGACGCAAUGGUUAUCCUUCUGACGCAGAAUUCGAUCAGGCCCUGAGGGAUGGGAACAAGCUGGCCCAGAUGGAAGAAGCCCCUCUCUUUCCCGGAGAGUCCAUCAAAGCGAUCGCUAAAGAUGUGGUCUAUAUCUGCCCAUUCAUCGGAGCCAUCAGUGGCACGUUGACAGUGACCGAUUACAAAAUGUAUUUCAAGAAUGUGGAGAGGGAUCCACAUUUUGUCCUUGACGUUCCCCUCGGAGUAAUAAGUAGAGUGGAAAAGAUUGGCGUGCAGAGCCACGGAGACAAUUCUUGCGGUAUAGAGAUUGUUUGCAAGGAUAUGAGAAACUUGCGGUUUGCUUAUAAACAGGAAGAACAGAGACUGGAGAUUUUUCAGAACCUGAUUACCCGAGCAUUUCCGCUUUCUCACGGGCUGCCAUUCUUUGCGUUCACUUACAAAGAGAAAUUUCCUACUAACGGUUGGAAGGUUUAUGAUCCGGUGGCAGAGUAUAAAAGACAGGGUUUACCCAACGAGAGCUGGAAAAUAUCCAAAAUUAACAGCAUGUAUGAGUUUUGUGACACAUAUCCUGCCGUUCUUGUUGUGCCAACCAGCGUCAAAGACGAAGAUCUCUCCCGGGUGGCUGCGUUUAGAGCAAAAGGAAGAGUUCCAGUGUUAUCCUGGAUUCACCCCGAGAGCCAGGCCACGCUCACCCGAUGCAGCCAGCCUCUCAUCGGGCCGAACGACAAACAGUGCAAAGAAGACGAGAAGUACCUACAGACCAUCAUGGACGCCAACGCUCAGUCUCACAAGCUUUUCAUCUUCGACGCGAGGCAGAACAGCGUCGCUGACACCAACAAGACUAAAGGCGGCGGGUACGAAAGCGAAAGUGCCUAUCCCAACGUGGAAUUGAUCUUCCUGGAAAUCCCGAAUAUACACGUGAUGAGGGAAUCGCUGCGUAAACUGAAAGAAAUCGUUUACCCCACCAUCGAUGAAUCCCGGUGGCUUUCCAACGUGGAGAGUACGCACUGGCUGGAAUAUAUACGGAUGCUUCUGGCCGGAGCUGUGAGAAUUGCUGACAAAAUUGAGUCAGGGAAAACCUCGGUGGUGGUUCAUUGCAGCGACGGUUGGGACCGUACGUCUCAGUUGACUUCCUUGGCGAUGCUCAUGCUGGACAGCUACUACCGGACUAUCAAAGGCUUCGAGGUCCUCUUGGAGAAGGAAUGGAUGAGUUUCGGACAUCGCUUCGCCUUGCGAGUCGGUCACGGAGAUGACGAUCACGCAGAUGCUGACAGAUCCCCUCUCUUCCUACAGUUCAUAGAUUGUGUCUGGCAAAUGACGAAGCAGUUCCCAGCCGCCUUCGAAUUCAACGAGCUGUUUUUGAUCAACAUUUUGGAUCACCUUUACAGCUGUCUGUUCGGCACCUUUUUGUACAACUCAGAACAUCGGCGAGUAAAAGAGGAGAUAAACGCCAAAACCGUCUCUUUGUGGUCCUACAUCAAUAGCCAGGUGGACGAAUUCAGCAACCCUUUCUACGUCAACUACAAGAACCACGUCCUCUAUCCAGUAGGCAGCUUAAGUCAUUUGGAAUUGUGGGUCAACUACUACGUACGUUGGAACCCCCGAAUGAGACCCCAGAUCCCAAUUCACCAGAACCUGAAGGAACUCCUCGCCAUCCGAACCGAGCUUCAAAAGAGGGUGGAAGAACUGCAGCGGGAAGCUGCGAAGCGCUCCAUCUCGUCUUCCUCCGAGCGAGGGUCUCCUCCCGCCGUCACCCCAGUCCACACUUCCGUCUGACCGACCAGCGAGGCCGCGAGGUUUACUACAGACACGUUACCUGCUGCCAGAAACCCUUCCUCCCUCCCUGCCUCCCUCCCUCCGGUGGUUAUUUGGGGUGGAGGGCUGAGGCGGGGGGGGGGGUUGGAGGUCUCCUCGGUGUCUGUUACAGUAAAGCCAAAAAGUAUUUCCUUGCAGUAUCGCGCUGUGGAGUGAUGCUUGCUCGUUUCUUUCUUUGUCGUUCUUUUAAAAACGUUGAGCGUUUUGAAUCGAUAGCCAAACUCUUUUUAAACUUCCUGUUAAAACUUUGCAGCAAAAGCAGGAAUUCCGUCGGCUCGGGCAAGCCGUUGGGGAGGCGCCGUAUUCCAGCAUCACAUCCUCCGAAAGUGACAAAUCAUAUCCAGUUGGCUUCAAGUCUGGGAAGGGAAAACUUAUCCGCCUUCCGUGGUACUUCAUUCGUGGUGGGUAGGUGGGUUUCUCGGAGAAGGGGAAAGCAAGGCACAGCCAACACUGAAUUUAGGGGGACUGUUCCGAUGACCUCGAUGCACUUUGAAAUGGAUAUGGUUUUUUAUUAUUAUUAUUAUUAUUCCUAUAGCAGUUGUAUAUUUUGAAUAAAGAUGUUUUAAAAAGCAACGAGCUGGAUUUGUCGCUUGAGAGACGAAGCUGCUGCUUGCCCAAGGAAUCUUCGAAUGCCUGGAUUAUUGAAGACUGGUUAUUUUGCACCUUUUCUGAACUUCCUGCUCCCUUUUACAACAGAGAGACAGAAUCGGCUGGGUUGUAGGUAGUCCUCGACUUAACGACGGUUCGUUUACCGACCAUUCAAAGCAACCACAGGACUAAGAAAAGUGACUUACGCCUGUUUCUCACACUUAGGACCGUUGUGGCCAGAUGCCGUUCCUGUCACCAAUGAGGAGUUAUAUUCAGCGGAUAUAAUAUCCGCCUCUACCUAGGAUCGAACUCACAGCCUCCUGAUUGUGAGGCGAGAGCUCCCCCUCUAGGCCACCGCGCCACUCCUGCAGCAACCCCAAUGAAACAAAAUGUUAAAAAGUUGUGAUACUUAGGCAGUUGCUUACCAAGCUCAUCUAAAUUAUAUUAAAAGUAGCCAAAAUAUCUUUACAAUUCCCGAGGCACGUCACAACUUCUGAGCACCCCUAACGUUUGGAAAUGGAAAGUUGAAAAAUUUUGACACGCCCUAAUUUUCCCCACGGUCACAUGAUUUACAUUUGGAUGAUUGGCAGCCGACUCAACGUUUAUGACGGUUUUGCAAUGUCCCUUUUGCGACCUGCUGACAAGCAAUGUCGAGGGAGAAGCCAGAUUCAUUUACUCAUUUAAGAACUCCCAGGGAUUCACUUAAGUAACGUGGCGGGAAAAUGUGUUACAAUGGGACAAAACUCAACAAAUUUCUCACUUAGCAACAUAAAAUUUUGGGCUCGACUGUGGUUGUAAAUCGAGGAUUACCUGUACCGUAUUUCAUUUUCUUGGUGGCGCAGUGGUUAGAGGGCAGUACAGCAGACUACUUCUGCUGACUGCCUGCAGUUUGGCAGUUCGAAUCUCACCAGGCUCAAGGUUGACUCAGCCUUCCAAUCCUUCCGAGGUGGGUAAAAUGAGGAGCCAGAUUGUUGGGGGCAAGAGGCUGACUCUGUAAAGGGCUUAGAGAGGGUGAAACACUGUGAAGCGGUAUAUAAGUCUAAGAGCUAUUGCUCUUUAUUAACUCUGCCCACUGCCAGGAGUUCGAUUCUGACUGGCUCAAGGUUGACUCGGCCUUCCAUCCCUCCGAGGUGGGUAAAGUGAGGACCCAGAUUGUUGGGGGGCAAGAGGCUGACUCUGUAAACCGCUUAGAGAAGGCUAUAAAGCACUGUGAAGUGGUAUAUAAGUCCAAGUGCUAUUGCUAUUCGUAUUCCUUCUCCUUCCCUCCCAGUGGUUAGAAUUCAGUAUUGCAGGCUAAUUCUGCCCACUGCCAGGAGUUCAAUCCUGACUGGCUCAAGCUUGACUCAGCCUUCCAUCCUUCUGAAGUCGGUAAAAUGAGGACCCAAAUUGUUGGGGGUAGGAGGCUGACUCUGUAAACCGCUUAGAGAGGGCUGUGAAGCUGUAUAUAAGUCUUAAGUGCUAUUGUUAUUGGUAUUUUCCUUUUUUCCUUCCUUCCUUCCUUCCUUCCUUCCUUCGAGAGGGCUGGGAAGCACUGUAAAGUGGUAUAUAAGUCUAAUUGUUAUUGCUAUUUUCCAGAAUUGGGUAUUUUUUUAAAGUUUUCAAUGGUCUUUACCCUUCCUUAGGCAUCUAAGCAGGUGGACAAACUUGGUUAAAAAAUUCUCUACAAGAGCUCGCUCUCUCCUCUUUCUUUCUUUCUCUUCUCUCUCCGUUUUCUCCUCUUUCUCUUCUCUCCUCUUUCUUUUUCUCUUCUCUUUCUCUUCUCUUUUUUUCUUCUCUCUCUCUCUCUCUCUCUCUCUCUCUUUACAAGUUUAGGAAAGAGAGCAAAUUGUAACCAAGGAGCUAAAUAAAAAAAAGUUCUCGCACAGGUUGAAUUUUUAUUUUUGGUGCUCCGACACACUCCAAAGCUACUGUGUCUUUCUGCCUUUUCUCUUGAACAACUCAAGUUAUUUCUCUCUUAAAAGAAAAAGAAAAAGCCUGGCCACCAUUAGCGACAGACAGUGGGUGUCUUGUCACAAUCUUAAGGCCAGACAAGUCGAGUCACAAAACAGUGGGUUGGUUGGCCAAGAUUGUCCUUCGUGCACGUUGCCACAGGUGCUCAGUUCUGUCUCAAAGCAGCCUGGAGAAAACCAUCAUUGGAAGGUAUUGACAGUGGCACUGCUCCACUCUGGACAUCAUCGACCACGAAAACUGGAUGGAACUGCUAUAAAACAUGGUUUAGGAUGCCCACCUCGCAUCCCAAAACUCUACAUACUUUUGGCCACACUGCUGAAAUUCUGCAGCGCACUUACAAAAAUCUUUUAAUGCCCGAGCAGGGGAUUAGACUAGAAGACCUCUAAGGUCCCUCCCCACUAUUCUAUUCCUAUUCUAUUCUAUUCUAGUCCUAGAUUUCUAUUUCUAUUCCUAUAUUUUUGUUCUAUUCUGUUGUUUUAUUCUAUUUCUAUUCUACUCUAGUUCUAUUUCUGUAUUUUUAUUCUAUUAUGUUCUGGUUUUAUUCUUAUUCUUAUUCUAUUCUAUUUCUAUAUUUCUAUUCUAUUCCUAUUCUUAUAUUUUUAUUCUAUUGUAUUGUUUUAUUCUUAUUCUAUAUUUCUAUUCUACUCUAUUCCUAUAUUUUUAUUCUGUUUUGUUCCGUUUUAUUAUUUUAUUAUUUUAUUCUAUAUUCUAUAUUCUAUUCUAAUUUAUUCUGUUCUAUUCAUAUUUCUAUUUCUAUUCCUAUAUUUUUAUUCUAUUACGUUUUAUUCUUAUUCUAUUUCUAUAUUUCUAUUCUAUUCCUAUUCUUAUAUUUUUAUUCUAUUAUAUUGUUUUAUUCUUAUUCUAUAUUUCUAUUCUAUUCUAUUCCUAUAUUUUUAUUCUAUUGUUCCGUUUUAUUAUUCUAUUCUAUAUUCUAUUCUAAUUUAUUCUGUUCUAUUCAUAUUUCUAUUUCUAUUCCUAUAUUUUUAUUCUAUUAUGUUGUUUUAUUCUUAUUCUAUUUCUAUAUUUCUAUUAUAUUCUAAUAAGCAGUAAAGGAAUGUAUUUAACAGAAAAUCAAUAAAAUAAAAUAAAAAUAAACACGGGCCAGUUGCCAAGCCUCCAAAUUUCGAUCCCCUGACUGUGGGGGAGGCUGCAAUGUUUUGUUAAGUGUGAAAAACAGUUCACGAGUCACUUUUUGCAGUGCCGUUGUAACUUUGGUCCCUAAAUGAACUGUCGUAAGUCGAGAACUCCCUGCAUCUCUUAAAAGUGCAAUGCACCCACAGAGGCGACACAAAAACACAGUGAUUUGUUUACAAGUCAUUUUUUUUCCAUUUAUUUUAGGUUUUGUUUUUUUUCCAGUUUGUACUUCAGCAUUCAAAUUUGGAUAGCCAUCCCCCAUAAUAAUUCUUAUAUGCACUUUAGCAAAAUGAGUCUGCCUUUUUUUUUUCUUAACAUUUUAAAACUUUUGUUAAGACAACACAACCCACAAUUUUCAACUGGGGCAGAUAGAUCCUUUCUGUAUUAGCCAACGGUAUGUAUGUAUUGCUUUAAAAAUAAAAGCUUUCGCUUCUUUGGA